ACAGUCAAUAAGUUAAUUGUUCUGUAGUUUCCUGCUUUCUCUUUCCUUCCCGCUUCAGGGAUUUGGUUUCUAACACUGGGCAACAUGCUCAAAAAUGUUUCAAUUAUGAAAUAACAGACGGAGGCAUUUUUCAUGCGCAUCCUUUGUCUCUUCGGCCUGCGGGCCUUCCGGGCUGCCGUAGUGAGGCGGGUAUCGAUGCUGUUGUGACAGUGGCGCCUGAGAACGGCUUGGCCGUUUGAACGCUGCGCCUGCCGCCAUGGCUGAGCGGAGGGCGAGCCAAGCGAAGGAGACCAGAUUAUCAGCUGAUGUUGAGCCAUUUGUGCCAAAGCAGCAAAUAAUAGGAAUGAGAUGGACUGAAUCGUCAUCUACUCCAUUGCCCAGAUAUUUAACAACCUGCUAUCCUUUCGUUCAAGAUCCUUAUGUGGAUGGGCAACAUUUACAUGCACCAGAGAAUGGCUGCAGUAAAUUUUCCCAGAAUUUUACAGAGUUGCACACAUCCUAUCCAGUUAUGUCAUCUGAUUUACCUGUGGAUUAUUCUUUAUAUUAUUCAUACAAACAAUCUGCGGAUUCCUCUUUGAAUCCAUUUGCACAAGCAUUUCUGCACUCUGAGGAUAUUUGCUCUUCAAAGCACAAGUACAAUGGUAGUAGCCGAGGAAACAAGAAGAAGCGGCAUGUUCAACAGGACUCUGAGAAGGAGCGAUUGUUUUUGGGCCAGUCUUCAAAGGAAGCAAGGUCCAAGAAGGAAUUAAAAAACCAGGGGCAAAAUGUAAAUGAGUUACCAGAAACGGGUGAACAAUUGCAACGACCUGAUGUAUUGAGGGAUAAUAUAACCAAAAGUGGGAACAAACAGGUUAACAAACACCAGCAUAGCAAAUCUAAACCACCUCUGAAAAUAUUAAAUGAACCUGAGCCUAAGACUGAUAUCACAUCUAAAGUUGCAUCAGGAGACUUUCCCGAAAUGCAGAGUGUAGUAGCACAACAAUUUAGCCAUGACCUCAGAAAAUCUAAAGAGUCGAGUAAAGUUUCUGAACAACCUGCCAAAGUAUGGCCAGCAGAUGAUACAACAAAGAUGGAUGAAGCAUUGAGCACAUCUGAGCCAUCUGGAUUUCCUGUGAAUUCAGAAAAAUGCACUGUCACUACCAUAGCAGGUUCAGUGGCCACUUCUUCUUUGCCUAUAUCGUCGACUGCCACUCCAUCUGUGUUGUCGUGGGCCACAAUUGUUUCACAAGCACCUAAGAGACCAGUUCUCAGUUCAGCUCCACCAAAGAUACCUGCACAUAAAGUUGCUCAGAGAAAUGAAGAUGAAACAAAGCUGAAAGAAGCAACUGGGAAAGUGAAAAAGAAGAAAAAGAAAAAGAAGCCAAAAGAACCUGAUGAACCUCCAAAGCAAAUUGAGUCCAAGAUAACCGUACAAGAGCUACCUCGACUUGAGGAUGAUGAAGAGUUUCCAGAUCUGGCAUCAGCAGUAAACACUUCUGACAAAACUGGUAAUGCUGGGCAAAGCAAGUUCUUUGCUAACAAACAGGUUGUGAAAAGACAGUUUGAGACAUCAAUGGAUAGAGAACUAGUUUUACAUGUAACCAGUUCUCAUGGUACUGGUGAUGGACCAAUUUGUCUGGACCGGGACCAGAAGGCAAUUCAGAUUCUGAGGAAGGAAUCCAUUCAAGAAAAUAGGACCACCAGUCCUCUGAAAAACUCCACGGAAGUUCCAAAGAAAAGUGGUAAAAAGAGUAAGAUACCCAUGCAACUAGAUUUUGGUAACAUGCUGACUGUCCUAGAGCAGAAACAGCAAGAGAAGUCAUCCAAACAUACCCCUAAGCCAAUAGUAUUUGCAGUUGGAGGAGCAUUUCCAAUGGUUCCCAAAGAACCCACAUCAAAAAGACUGCCUCAAAGCUCGAGUCAGGAAAAGGUUCCUCACAAUCCCUUGGACUCAAGUGCUCCUUUAGUAAAGCGAGGAAAACAAAGAGAAGUCCCAAAGGCUAAAAAACCAACUUCACUGAAAAAGAUUAUAUUGAAGGAAAGAGAAGAAAGGAAACAGCGGCGGCUGCUGGAAGAAAAGGGAUUGGUCCCGUCGAGCUGCAAUAUAACAUCUCCUCACGAGGCACACACCCUGGAUCAGAAUGUAACUCUGGACACACAAAAUGAAAUGACUGAAUUAAAUGAUUCAACAGAAGAUUUGACUAAUUCUGCACCUUCAUCGCCCUGUCAAAAUGUACAGCCUCUUUCUGAUGCACCAAAAAUUCCUGAUGAAAUUUGGACAAAAAACAUUCUGCCGCACCCCAAUCAUCAAAAGAUACAUAGCAGACGGUUUAGAGAAUAUUGCAGUCAGGUGCUGUCUAAAGAAGUUGAUAAUUAUGUGACUGACUUGCUGAAGGAACUUGUCCGUUUCCAAGAUCGGUUAUACCAAAAGGAUCCAAUUAAAGCUAAGAAGAAACGUAGGAUUGUCAUGGGGUUGAGAGAAGUGUUGAAACAUCUAAAGCUGAAAAAACUGAAGUGUGUUAUCAUCUCUCCAAACUGUGAAAGAAUACAAUCCAAAGGUGGCUUGGAUGAAGCAUUGCAUACGAUAAUUGAAGUUGCCCGUGAGCAAGAGAUUCCAUUUGUAUUUGCUCUCAGUCGCAGAGCUCUAGGCCGCUGUGUGAACAAAGCAGUUCCUGUUAGCGUGGUUGGAAUCUUCAGCUAUGACGGUGCUGAGAACCAGUUUCAUCAAAUGGUUGAACUCACUGAGGAAGCUAGGAAAGCAUAUCAAGAAAUGCUGAAUGCUCUAGAGCAAGAAAUAAGGGCAGAUGAAGGAAACUCAGUGGAACCAUUGUGCAAUCUUUCAGAGGAAAGUACCAGUGCGUUAGACAGCAUGACCCCUCAAUCUUUUACUGAACCCAGUGAGCCAGAAUAUGUUACUACUUGGAGAAAUUUGCUGAAGAGAGAGUGUAAUUCCAACCUGUCAGACACUGAAAACACUCGAACUUCAGACAGUCCACCCAGCGACGCAGAAGAAACUGGUGAUUCCAUACAGGCUUUUCCAAAAUCCAUUCUUGAUUUUGAGUGUCAAACAACAAUAAGAUGACUAAAUGAAUGUGGUUUGUGAUAGCACUGUAAAAUGUUUCUGCAGCUCUCAAUCCUAAGGAAAGUUCGACUCUAUUAUGUAGGAAAUGGUGAUUAAAAUAUACAGCAAGUGAAAUGGCCGUCCAUAAAUGUCAUUUCUUUAAAAACAAAUGCAGAUUCUCCUUGUACCCAAGUAGUUAAACCUGAAUAAUGGAAGCAUAUGAUUGGCAAAAGAAUAAUAUUAAUUAAGCUAUGAUAAAUAUCUUAAGCAUAAAGUCCAAGUAAACCAGGUUCAGCAUGAUGAAUAGCUAAAAAUGAAUUGUUGCCCAGUGAUUACCUCAAAAUGAAGUUGACAGUGGUAGUGGCAACUGCACUGUCAACUCCACUGCAACUGCAACAGUCAACUCAGAAUAGUCCCAGAAAUCAAUGUAGUGUAGCAGAUGGUAUAUAUUCUUAGUGCACCUUUCUGAAAUUCAUGCCUUCCUGCCUUAAACAUCAAGAUUGCUGGUUUAUUCUUGGACAUAGCCCAUCCUGAGAAAAUGAGAAAAAGCUUGGUAGCUGGAAAUGGCAGCAUCCUGGAUAGCAUUAUUGUGAUGGUGCUUAUAUAUACAGACUCCCAUAUAAAUUUAUGCUUAUGGAAUAAUUACAAAACUACAUGUUAACAAUCCAUCUGUUGCUAGUUAGAUUUACUUAACAUAUUGAAGUGUACCAUUGGAGAGACACUGGGCAACUUGAAACCAUCAGAACAUAUUUUUACUACAAGUGUCUACUCAGGAUCAGAAUAACAUAUCAAAAAUUUUGUGCUGUAUCUCAUUAUUUUACAACUCUUUCUUCACCUUGAAUAUUCUGAGAACAGUAAGCAAUUUUUCCAAAUCCUUCACUUUGUAAAUGUUCAAAUGUGCAUAUCUUAAGUUUACCAAUGUCAAAUCCACCUGCUGGUCCUUAGCCCAAAUUACACUAACUAAUUAAACAUGCAUUUCAAGUUUACUUAACUGAAUAUGUUACAAAAUUUGUGGUGGCAUUGAACUAUGUGAGCAGAUAAGUAAAAUACAAAAGCCCACCUUGCUUUUCCGUAGUCUCUGAAUAAUUUGAACUGCAGGGAACUUAUCAAAGCCUUUGCAAAAAUCCAUUGUUCGUUCAAUCAAAAUGUUUCCAUUUAUCAUUGCUUCUGUUUCUAAAGCAGGAGUUUGAUUAAUUUGUUGUCAAUGCCUUGAAUGAAGUCGAUUCAGUUGAAUACCCCAUCAAGCUUAUUUUGUAAGAAGGUGAUAGCCUCCUCUGAUUAGGGUUUGCUUCAGCAAUGGUUUCAAGCAACCCAAAUAUGAUUAGAACAGAUAGUAAUAUUAAAAACAGAACACAGCUUAAAAUAUUGGUUGAGCACAUCUUUCUGAUCAAUAAUUUAUAGCUACAGACAUGUAAAUUUGCAAAUAUUGCAUUGCUAAGUGGCAGCCCCAGUUAACAAUGCAGAAUCAUGAGGACUAGUUACAUGUUACAAGAAAGCACACUGACACAAAAUAAGAUGCAAUAACUGAUUAAAGAAAAUCUUGUUGCAAUCAAGCAUUGGUUUUGUCAGUGGCUUUUUCAUGGUCAAAACAAACAGAUAUUUAAAUUCUGGUAAGUGAAAUGCUUUCUGCAUAAUCAGUUCAGGUUAUACUCUUGACAGGUAUGUAACUUGUUACCUGGCAAUUUGCAGUUGAGAGAGUGGGGUGCUUUUUGCCAAAAUAAAAUAGCGAACAAGUCAGAAAAGUUGUUUCUUUUUUUUUCAGAUUUCCAUCCCAUUAUGUCACCAAAGUGCACAUCUAAGUAGCACUUAGAUUUUUGUUUUAUCUGAAGUUGGAGUAAAUAGUGAAGCUUAAAAAUGAGUUCAGAAAUAUUUCAAAUAAAAAUAGUAAAUGCUGAAAAGACUCAGCAGGUCAAAGUGUUUCCAGCAUUUUCUGUGUUUUGUUUGGUUCACUGAUAUUUGUUGUGCAAUAUAUCACUACUGAUUUUGGAUCAAUCUAAAUCCAAACUUAUCAUAAGAAUAAAUAAUAUUAUAUAUGCUUACUAUAUAAAAUGAUUUUGAAAGAGUAUCGUUAAGUUGUUAGGAACAGUUUAUAAUGCUUGAAGCUUGUACCUUUACCAGCAUAAACUAUUCUAGUUUUAGACCUUGGGAUGUGCAUGUAUGUCCUAGUGUUGUGAUGAAUAUCUUAAGAAGUGAGAAUGAGUGUCACAAGUUAUAACCUAACUGGACACAUUAUAACACUGAUCUAUUGGUAAUUUAACUUGAAGACUGUUCUGCGUUUAUCAUCCUUGCUUUAGAGGAGCUAGGACAUUAAACUGAUCACCACAUACAUCCAAACUAAUACACCAUAAACAAGCUAAUUUUAUACAUCAAUAUUUUGUAUGAAAUAGAGAGAUCCAGUGCAAGUUGGAUAUAUUGAAUUAUUCAGGGUAACCCAACACUAUUGCAGUAGAAAUUGGUGAAUUGUAUAAAAAGCUGUAUGGAGUUGAGAUGAAGAAGAACGUAAAAUUAACAAAGUGUGCAAAAUAGAAGAGUCAUCCAUAUAACCUUUAACAUUAGUUUCAGCAUACAUAUAAUCACUUAUUCAUCUUGUUUUUUGGAAGCUGCUUUAUGUUGGAAAUGUAGGACAUUUUCUGGUUGGUCAGAUCAGCAUUCUGAUGGCACAGGUUUUUAAAUUAUAAUGGGGUUUUGCUUAUCUGAAAGCUGUUGUCCCUCUAUUCUAACUGCUUCAGUUUGCUGCAGAUUUUUCAUCCUUGCCUAAGCAGAUGAAUGGCAGUUCAUCUAAGGAAAAUUAUUAGGUUAUCUGUAUUCAAAAAGCUAAACUCAAGAGGUUGAUAUUCAAGUUAUGUAACGAAAAAUGAGACAUUGUUUCAGUCACCUGUUAAUGAAAAUCUUACUCCAGUAUAUUUUAGAGCAAUAUGUUUUGUUUGCUAAGGUUUAGGAAAAUGAUGCAAAUGACUGUGCUGAUAAACUCGGUGAAGAAUGUUCAUAAGUUGGGUUUGUUUUUAAAGUCCGCUUUAAUAUUUUACAGUGAUGGUUUACCUUUUGCUGGAACACGACAUACAACUCAUUAAACAGCUGUUAUGUAUAAUUUUAAAUUUACAAUGCUGCUUCAAUUACUUUCUGCAGUGUUUUGAAAAAUUGAUGACUUUUAAAGCAAAUUUUAUCGUUAGUUUGCUUUAAAACACCUACAAAAUUGUUUUUACAUGUUUAAUAAGAAAGCAAACUUUAUAUUGUUGUAAAUGGAUUAGAUUGUGAAACUGUUCUAUAAUAUUGCAUUAGUUAGGUUAUAAGGUCAGAUUAGUUAUGCUUUCAUAAACUGGCAAAUAGAAGAAAAUGACUAUAGUGCCAUGAGUAUUAUUGUUCUCCUAUAGUCAGUGCACAGUAGUUGAGUUAAUUACCCAACUUCCUACAAAAAUAUCAAACCAAAGAAAAGUAUGCUGUCAUUUUUGUUUCUCAUCACUGAUCCUUUCUUUUUCCUCCUUUGGCUGGAAACGUACAAAUAAAGUGUUGAGCAAAACAGCUGCAUAUAGGACAAGCUAGCCAUGGAAUAUUAAGAAUUAUUCAAGACAGUUGCUGUUUCUCCAUGCCACUUGUAUCCAAACAUUCUCUAAUUGGUUCAGGUCCAAGACCUAGAAUUGUAAUGAAGCUUGGGCCUAUUCCAAGUUUGCAAAAUGAAUGUUCACUUAUUCUUUAGCCAAACAAAAUAUUGUCAAACCAGCUGCAAGAAAUGGCUGAAAAUUAUACUUAUGUACUUUUGCUGCUAUGUUUUUACUGUUGUAAAAUGAAUCUUAACCACCCCCUUAAAAGCUCAAAGUUUCUUUUAAAGGAGAGCAUUAUUAUUCUUGCUUUCUUUGUAUUAAAGCCAAAAAAAAAGCUAUGAUGCAAUAAAAGGUGAUAUGGGAAUACUGGGCACUGCCUGCUGGUCUGUGAUUCUAUUGGUUUGAUUUGUUAAAGAAAAUAACAUUUAAUUAUUGUAAAACUGUGACUAUUAAUUUAAGGAUAUGUUGUGCUGUAAAUAAUUAAAUGAAUUUUAUGCUGUAGAGCAUAGUCUGAAUUGCCUUUCUGUAAAAUUAGACUAACAUCUGUACAAAUUUAUUUUGGGGUUUCUUUGAAGGCCUAAUUUAGUUCCAUACUUCAUGAAAGCUAGUUUGAUAUCCAUGAUUGUUGAAUUCUUAUUCUAUAGAUUUAUAUUGAGUGAAUAAAACUCAAAUGUUGCUGCUUUUGAAUAUUUUUGGAAAAUAAACAUUUUGAUUGAAA